CUGGGAAGGAUGUGACCCCACACGGCCUCCGUAGGAUUCCGGCUGAAGUUUCCGAGUGGCUAGCUCAACCCAAGCCCCGCCUUUUUCCGGGUCGGGGCGGGACUUUCCGCCGUUCCAUCCGGGAAGGGGCGGGGUUUUCUGGUGUCUAGGAGUCCGGCCGCGACCCGGCUCCUGUCUGGCGGCGGCAUGUCGGGGCCGAACGGGGAGCCGCAGGUGCCUGCGGGAAACGCCGGGCGCGGCGAGGACGGGGACGGUGACGGCGACGGCUUCGGGGAGACCGAAUAUGCAGCAAUAAACUCCAUGCUGGACCAGAUCAACUCCUGUUUGGAUCACCUGGAGGAGAAGAAUGACCAUCUGCAUGCUCGCUUGAAGGAGCUGCUGGAAUCCAACCGUCAGACACGCCUGGAGUUCCAGCAGCAGCUGAGUGAAGGGCAGAACAUGCAGACUGAUGUGCAGGGACCACACACGGACAUCUAGUUCCUGCUGUUUGCUGGACACACACUGUCAUAGUUUUUAUUUCCAAGGGGACCUCCGCUGUCUGUGGUUUAAUGUAAAACUUGACUAGAAAAGGUACUUGCUGUUGUGCAUUCCCUCCAGUGGUUAAAUGUUCUGGCCUCCUCUGUGUCUGUCUUGUUUUCUCUUUGUGACUGAUGCUACAUCAGCAAAUAGGUGGGUAAGGGGAGAGAUGUGGAGUCAAUACUUCCAGCUCCCAAAUGUAGCUCCAGUUCUGAGCUGAUAGUGACACCAUUAGAGCUGGGUAUGAGAAGCCUCUGCUGCAUGUAUAGGCCCCUUUUGCCACAAUUCAACUACAAAAGAAAGUGGUGGCUGUUGUCCUGAGGACUGUCUACUUCAUAGUCUUCUCCCCCAGUAAACUAGGCUUCUAAACCUUACAGCUCUGGAGAUCCAUACCAAAUGGUGGUGCCAUUCUGGGCCCAGACUUGCUCUAUGUUAAUUGUGGGGAUGGUAACAGGCUGCUUCUGGGGCUUAAAUCAUCUGGUUUCUUCUAUGCUGUAACUGCAGCCUCCCUACAGUCUACACUUCAGUUAGGCUUACAGAAGUUCUGUGAUGAGAAACAUUGGCUAAAUGACAGGACUCUAGUCCAAUAUUCCCCCUUCCAAACCCCUGUAGUGUAACCUAUCAUCAUGCCCUACUUAAGGGAGAGUAAAGAGCAGCUGAGUAACUCCUUAAACCAAUUCUAGAGACUCUGCAGUGGCUUCUGAGAGGUAUUACCAUAAACCAGCCUAAUCUGCUCCCCUUGUGGUGUCACAGCCACGUUGUGAGAGAGGGUAGGAGGCUUGCCCAGUAAUGCUGUUGUGACAGAGUCCUUCGUGAAUGGCUGGGAGGUAAAAACAUGGUUGUAAGACUGCAUGACUACUAAGUCUGUGAAACUGCUUUCAUUGUGGCUGUAGCUUCUGCUUGCAAGGCCCAGCAUUGUGAAGUGACUCAUUAUGUACAGUUUAGAGAUAGUAUUUAUAAAUACACUUUUAAUAAAUCAUCUUAAACUGAAUGUUGUCCUGGAAGCAUUUGAGGCAGCCUUGCUUGAAGUGCUGAGUGAUCAAAUGCCUGAGCUGCUUUCAUGUUCUAGUCUUAAACUGGAUCCUGAGUGAGCCUGGUGCCUAGUGAACUGGCUUGAUUCCAUGGGAAAAUAUUCUGUGAAAGUGCAUAAAUUGUGUUUGUAUGGGACUGACUCAUCUCCCAGAAGUAGAAUUCCUUUGUUUCUUUCUGCUCACAUCAGUAUCAUCAGGCUUAUGACCUAAGAAAAGGGAACCAUCUUAGCACAGAAGGAAGUAGAUGGCUAGUAUGGUGGGAAGUCUCAGUGAGACCAGUCUUGCAGCAGGCUUUGCCAGUUCAAGCAGUGAGCCUUACCUUUAGGAAGGUCAGCUUCAGCAAUCCUUUCAGGUCUAACAGAGCUUUAGCUCUCCCAAAGAUCUCUAUCACCUCCCAGCCAUAUAAACAACACCCAAUGCCAUCCUCUAUUAGACACGCUAAAGCCAGGCUUUAUUUUUUAAAAUAAAAACAGCAGUAAAGUGAAAGGUGUUUUGCUCUAUUAAAGGACUCUGAAAAUAAA